AACGACGCCCAGAGGGUGCUUCUCGUGAUCAUGGCGUUCGUGUUUCCACCGUUGCCAGUGUUCAUUUUGAAGGAGUACCACGUCUUCAAUAAGGAGACGUUGAUCGUGGUGCUCUUGACCCUCCUUGGCCAUAUUCCUGGCAUCAUCUUUGCCUUGUGGUACAGCUUGGUGGAGUUCCCCAAAGCCAAUGGCCAGAGGGACGGGUACGUGCGGAUCGACGAGGAAAGUGGGCCCACUGGACCCAUUAGUGUGAGUGCUGACGACGACGACACCGUGGGUAGCGAGACCGGCAAGCAAGUUGCUGCCACUCGCUACACAGACAACCCCGGCAGCUCAUCUGCGCAGGGCGACGGCGACGACGUGGCGCCUCCUGACUACGAGGACAUCGCUGGAAGCUCGAACUUGGCACCUUUGGCUGACUCCAAAAGAGGGGGCGACCACAAAGUGCAA